CGGACCGGAGGAAUUUAGAACUUUUGCGCAACUGAAACGGCAAAGACUAGUCCGUUAGGUGCGCAGUCAGCUUUGCGGGGCAGUUAUUAAUAAAGCAAAAAAAAAAAAAAAAAAAGCUACAUACUUGGAGUUCCCUUUCCCGGUGUUGGAAACUUCCCAACGCAGCAUCGAUCGAGGACCUCCCGCCCACUUUACCUCUGAUCCACAGCACAAGAAGGCGGGGAGAGAUAGAGGGAGAGGGAGAGAGAGAGAGCGAGUUGAGCAGCCGCAGCGGUGGAUGGAGCAACAAAGGCUGGAUGGUUAAACUGCAAGAGUCCCUCUGAGGAGAACUCAACAGCGCUUUCUGCCGUCGCCUGACACUGUCUUAACUGGAACUCUGUGGAUCACCUUCAAGCCCCGUCCUGUGCAAACUCUCCAGAGCCAAACCCAGCGGGGGGUAGCUGGAGAGAGAGAUUUGGUCGCAGACGUGAAAUUGAUGCUUUGGCACGGAGAGGCGCGCCGCCGACGUUCGUAGUUUUGCCAAAGUCUCCUGCAGCCCAGCGAGGGAGAGGCGGACCUGGAUCGCGGCCGAAGUGGGAUUUUUCUUUUUUUUCCCCUGCAGAAGUUGCAUGCGUGUUCUUUGUCGCCUCGAGUGAGCCCCCGUCCACCCGCUCUCAGGUUAUCUUUCAAGAAGACACCCUCCGGGAUAGUUGAGGUGCCAUGGAGCUGUUCGCGGGGAUGUUGGCAUUCCUGUUGGCGCUGCGGGUCCAAGGCGUGAAUGGACAGAGCGUACAGAUGGACCCCAGCAAGUCCGGCUUUGUGGGCGACCAGGUGGAGCUGCGCUGCAUCUUCGUCAACAGCAACCCGCCGGUGAAGAUCUCCCAGGUCACCUGGCAGAAGCUGCUCAACGGCACCAAGCAGAACGUGGCCAUCGCCAACCCGGCCCUGGGCGUGUCCGUCCUGCCGCCUUUCAAGGAGCGCGUGGGCUUCAAGCAGGCGGCGGUGCGCUACCGCCCGCCGUCGCUGGAGGACACCACCAUCGUGUUCUCCAACCUGCAGCUGUCCGACGAGGCGGCCUACAUCUGCGAGUACACCACGUUCCCGGCGGGCAACAGGGAGAACAUGGUCAACCUCACUGUGUUCGCUCGGCCGAUGACGCGAAUGACCCUGACGUCCCCAACUAUCGUGGCCAGGGCUCCGAAGCGCAAGACGACCGUCGCCACCUGCAUUUCAGCCAACGGGAAACCCCAAAGCGUGAUCAAGUGGGACACGAGGUUGAAGGGGGAAGCGAGCCUCCAGGAGUAUCGCAACCCAAACGGCACGGUGACGGUGCGGAGCAACUACGUGGUGAUCCCGAGCCGCGAGACCCACAAACAGAAGCUCACCUGUAUCGUGAUGUACCGAAGUGAGCGGAUCACCGAAAGCGUGGUGCUCAACGUGCAGUAUGAACCUGAGGUGAAGAUCGAAGGGUUUGAUGGGAACUGGUACCUGAACCGUCAGAACGUUCAGCUGACCUGCAGGGCCGACGCCAACCCCCCGGUGACGAUCUACCAGUGGAAACUUCUGAACGGCUCACUGCCCACCAACGUGGAGAUCAAAAACAACACUCUGUUCUUCAAGGGGCCCGUGACCUACGACCUGGCCGGGACCUACGUCUGCGACGCCACCAACAGCAUCGGGACGCGCACCGGCAUCGUGGACGUCAACAUCACAGUGUCCCCUGCAGUGAGGAAAGCCUUGACACCUAAUCCGGGCUGGACUGUUGACCUCCCUAUCAACCCGACACCCGAGAACCGCAACGGCUCGCUGGAGCAGCCCAGUACAAGCGCCAUCAUCGGGGGCGCAGUGGGGGGAGGACUCCUGUUGCUCUUGGCGGCCAUACUGCUCUUCAUGUACAUGCGCCGGCGCCAGCGCACCUUUAAGGGGGACUACAGCACCAAGAAGCACGUGUUCGGAAACGGGUACAGCAAGGCGGGCGGCCUGCCGGCGCACCCCCCCAUCCCCAAGGUCCUCCAUUACCCGGACGACUCGGACGACGAGAAGAAGCCCGACCAGAUCGGCAACACCGGGGGGUUCGAGGUGAGCGAGCGGAAUUUCGACGCCGAGUCUGAGGACCUGAAGAGACCGUACUUCACUGUGGAGGAGGGGGAGAGCCGCGAUUAUGAGGAGCGGACUCUGGCCUUCCAGUAUGACCCGCAACCCGAAAUAGCCGACGAUAUGAUCUCUCAAACCGACGGCUCUGUCAUUUCUAAGAAAGAGUGGUACGUGUAGUGGCCUGCAACCGCCAAGCGACCUGUCGUCCCUCACCCGCAUUCCUCCUCGCCUUCCCCACCCCCGCCUCCACUCCUCCUCUCACCCUCGCAUCCGUCAGCCUACACCUCCUGCAGUGGCAUUUCCACCUCACUUCCCCCUCCCCCCACCCCCCGAAUCAGACUCCAUCCAACUAAUCACUGUUAGAAAAAUCAAGAGUCUAUUUAAAGUCCAAGAAAACGACUUUUCAACACGACAGCAAAUGGUACCACUUUCAUCAAGUUAAUGGGCAAAGAAUACAAACAAAGGUAUGUAAAUUAACCCAGUGUGGCCGCGAGGCCAGAAAGGUGAUUGGUUAAUACUGUUGUAUUCUACUAUUUUGUGUAUUUUAUUUUUCAUUUUAUAAAUGUAUUAAAUGUAUAAAAAAAAAAAAAAACAGGUUAAGGUUUUGCUGAGCACAUUUGUGAAAGUCCUACACUGGAUGUAAGGGUUUGGUUUAGUUUUUCGUUUUGUUCGUUUUGCUCCUUUUUCAUUAGCGAUUGCAAGGUUUUUCUGUCAUUUUUUUUUUUUUUUUUAUAUUCUCUUUUUUGUAUGAUAUGCCGAGAAAUGAGAGUUAUGUGUCUGAAAUAUUUACAGGUGGAGUUCAAAGUGUUUGAAAGUUUAUGGUCGAAAUGUUUCAGAAAAAAAAAAAGAUACAAAAAAAAAAAACAUUAGUUGUACAGACAUGUAUCAUGACGCAAACAGGUUAUUGUUGUUCUCCAAAGAUAUUGUUAAUACAUCUCGACGCUCUGCUCAGAUUUUAUUUGCUUUGUUUUUGUUGUUUCACUAAAAAGGUGCCGGUCUACUGAGCCAUACAGACGCAUAGUGGCAACGUCAUAAUAUUCAAUAACUUCAUUUUUAGCGCUAAAAUUUCCUUCAUGUUAAAUGAAUGCCCUAAUCAGCGAAUCAUGAUAUCAGUGAAGCGAAGGGCUGAAGCUGGCUCAUAGACAUAAAUGUUCUACUUUUCAAUUAAUUGUAAUCGCAGUGUUCUGCAAAGGCGACAAUGCCGCUUGAACUUUUUAUUCACAUUUUGUCACGUUACCGCCGCAAACCUCAAUGUGUUUUAUUUGGAUUGUGGAUGAUAGGCCGACAUUAAGUGGUGCGUAGUUUCAAAGGGUCAAAAUCUUAAUGUUGUGAAACAUAUUUGGCCCUUUUCACACUUUUUACCCUAAUGUCGGAUCUAGAGCAAAAUGUCAGAGCAGGAAAACCGUCCAAAAAGCAGCCAGGAGGGUCAGAGUAACUCUGGGGCAGCUGCAGAGAUCCACAGCUCAGGUGGGGAACUCUGUCAGCACGACAAGCUAUAGUUCUGCCCUUCUGAGAUCUGCUCCUUUUGGAGGAGCAGCAGAAUGGUUGACUUGUUCAAAUAGAGCCCUAAGGGGACCGUGGAAACGUGAAUUAAGGUGGUCAUGGGACAUGGUGAUGGCAGCAUCGUUCCGUGGGGAGGCUUUUCUGUCGCAGAGACCGAGAAGCUGGUAACAGCCUGUCUAGCCUGACAGCUUGGAUUAGCAAUUUUUGCAAAGAAGAAAAGGCCAGAAAAAUGUUCCCUAAAUGUGCAAAGCUGGAAGACAUUUAAUUUAAUUUCCCCUUGGGAUUAAUAAUGUAUUUUUGAAUUGAACUGAAUUAACCUCAGGUGUACCCCAGGUAAUUCAUAAUCAUGAAUUAACAAUGAUUAACCAUGUUUGGAAAAGCUGAGUUCAGUUCCACUAGCCACAGCCAGGCCUGAUCACUCCACCUCCUGUAUAUAUAUAUCAGUUUAAACAGUUUCUUUCUGACAACGUGGGGUAUGUCGGAAGAUCUCAAAACAUACGUAACACAGACGGCCCAGAUCUAUAGAAGUUUAACAGCGGAUGAGAAGCAAAAUGUGGUUUGACAAGGUAGCCACUCAAAGGUUCUGACUAUAAAUCCAGAUUUUUACAUUUACUACUACCAUUUUGGUUCUUUUCUAUAAUUUUUCCCCCACAUUGUAUUGGUCUAUCUCAAAAUAUUACACUGAAUAUUGUGGUUGUAACUGGACAAAAUGUGGAAAAGUUCAAAGGGGAUGAGCGCUUUUGCAAGGUAUUAUGUCCAAAAGACAUUUGCUCGGUCUCACAGGAUCACUAACAAUGCUUGGAAAUGUUAUGAUUGUCACAUGACUUGAACAGUUUGACCUGUGUACGCGCGCUCAUAAAUCCUGGUGUAUAUCUGUUCAUUUUGUGUGUGUGUGUGUGUUUGUGUUUAUGUGUGUGUGUGUUGGGCUGUCAUAAUUAUGUUUGGUUCUGACCCCUUUUCAUCAAAUGGAUGUCAGCAAAAAAAAGUGUCUGAGGAAUUUCCGCCUCCCCGGUUGAGACUGGUUACCCGACGAACUGGCUCACAUCGACCUCAUUUUCCACCAGGAGUUAUCCAUGGACGCAACGGACCUGAAUAAAAAGGGGGGGAAAUGUCAACUGAUGCUUUUAUUUACGCCAACAGAGAAAAUCUUUGAACAAGUAAAGGGAUCCGAAAAAAAAAAACGGGGGCCAUGCUGCAACGAAAGAAAGCAGUAUGGGAACUUGGCUGCUGCUUUUAUAACCUUCCUUCUUUUCUGAUUGAUUUCCAGUGAUUUUACAGUAAUGGAUUGUUUUUUUUUUCUCCUUAAUGUCAAGAUCUUUUUCUGCAUAUGGGGACGCACUGACUCUUUAUGCAAGCAUUAUACAAUAUGUAUCCGUGUCUGUUUUUUUUAAAAACGAUGUUAGCAAGUGCCAGUGGAUGCUAGUACAGCAGAAAGACCUUUUUUUUUGUCCGUUACACAGUCAGCAAAACGUGUUUGCUGCAAACGGGAAUGGGAGAAAAAAAAAAUCUCAAUGUGACAAAUCGGAGAUAAGAGAAGCAUUGCAGUAAAUCUGCGGAUGUAAACAACAUAUCUGACUGGCUCUGAGCACUAUAAAUACUGUAUUAAGCCUUACUUUAUGCAUGUUUUUGUGUGUGGGAGUGGAAGUGCAUUUGUUUUUGGGUUUUUCUAUUUGGUUUUUUUUUGUUUUGUUUUUUUCCUGUCAAUUCCGGUGUGUUUUUUGUCCUCAUUUGCAGCUUAAAAAAGGCGACAAUAUCCUUCUUUUUUUUAAUGUUAUCAGCUUUGGCAGAGCUAUGAGUUCAUCGGUACGCGGUACCCAACCACAAUAUUGCAGAUAAUGCAAAAAUACCUAUAUAAAUAUAUGUUAAAUGAUAAAGAAGACAAAAAAAAAACAUCCCUGUGAGACGAGUUCUUGCAGAUGUGGCUGUUUUACAGUCCAUGCUUGUCUACUGUAUGCUAUUAGAUGAGCAUGUUAAUCAUGAGCCUCAAUUUAUAUUGUAUAAUAUACAUCAACACGCAUUGAACGGCGAGGAAUAUGGUGCACUUAUUAGAAGUCAGUUUCAUUCGGUUCCAUUUAUUUCUGCUCCAGUUCCUAUUUUUUCAAUGGCCUUAUUUCUGUUUUACAGAGACAGUACAUGGCUCAAAAUAAACCAAGCAACAGUAGCCAGUUUCUUCUGUCACUGUGGACAUAAAAAAGAGUUUUGUUCUCUUACACAGGCAGAGGGAAUGCUUUCUUCUAAGUGUUUUUUUUUUAUUUUAUUUUUUUUAGUCUGAAAUAGUUUGAACCACAGCAUUAUAAGAAAACAAAGCGCGAUUGUUGUUUUUGUUCCUUUUAUUCAGUGCCUAUCAAAGUAAGGAGGUGGGAGGUAGUCACAGCAACCACUCCCAGUUUAUUUAAGCUCUUCAUCCACCAAACGGAGGAAACAAGUUCAACUGUUGGCCACAGUUCUUGCAGAAGUAAUCAUACUUUCUACAGCCUCAAAAGUCAGUGUGCUCUAUCGGGGUUUUUUGUAUUAAUAAGACCAAUUUAAAAAGUGACGAAAAAGAAACGGGAUGCAGAAGGAAAAGAAUGCAGAAUUUUAUCCAAAAAAAUAGUGUUGUUGAAAUGAAAUCAUAAAAAGUUUAGCGUUACUUUUUAUUCAGCUCCCUGAAACAACGAUAAACCUAAAAAAAAUAAAUAAAUAAAUCAACCAGUUGCCUACAGAAAACUCCUUGAUUAUAUAUAGUAAAUGUCCUAUGUCACAAUUAUGCACUAUUCAGGGUUUCUGCAGGAUCUUUAUGUUAAGUAUAUGUACGUCGUUAAAAGUAAUUCUAAACCUUAAAACUCUUAGAUAUGUCCAGAUUUUCCAAAUUUACACCAGUUCCAUCUUAAAUAUAUGUUUUUGUCCAAUCAUCGUUUUGUUUUCUUGUUUUUUUUACUGCUAUCUGAAAUUAGCUUAUUGGUUGGAAACCCUCUAGUAGCUCCGUCAUCGUGGGAAAGCUGCGACAUUUAGAUCUGACCAAAAGAGCCAGAGGUUUGGCCGAUACCAAACAAGCCCUGGAGAUACAUUCCAAAGUCAAAUAAAUAUUUUAAACUAUUAAAUACGUUAUAUACUGUUAUUUUUUAUUUCUUAUAUUUUUUAUAUAUAUGUUGGUCUUAAAUUUAAUUUUUUUUAUGAUUCUUAAGCUGUUUUAAUGUUUUUUGAACAACGGUCCCAAAGAUUUUGAAAAAAAAAUGUCUGAAACUUGCCGAAACCCUGAUUACUUAAACUUUUGUUCCUCAGUGUUGUUUAACAAACCGCAGAGGGCUAAACAAAACAGGCAGAUUUUUUUAAAGGCAACUGGUUAGAUGGGAUUUUUUUUAGCGCCAUUGGAGUGAAGGGACUGAAUACAUAUGAACACCUUUCUGAUUUUUAUUUGAAAAGAAAAAGAGAAAAGUAUUUUAUAAUGGAUUAUUUUUCUUUCCUCUGCAUAAUUCUGAACCACAUUGUUUUGGUCGAUCAGAUAAAAUCCCUAUGAAAAUGCGCUGGCCUUUUUUUUUUUUCCACAACGUGAUUCAAUGUUCCAGGGAAACAUUUCCAAAGCCCUCGUAACCCAGACUGCAGAUCUCAGAUGCAUUUGAUACGUAUGAUAAUCUACAGGCAGUGCAAUUUAGUUAGUCUUCAUUCCAGCACUUUACCAACACUGCGUCUAUAUUUGACCACUAAAUCAAAUUCAAAAUGACACGAGUUGCCAUUUUAGCUAACAACAGCUAAAUGUUAACAUUGCACUCAGCAUGGGACAUUUGAAGCCCUGAAGAGGUCUAAAUUCUGCAGCCCUGAUAACAACUUGUUGACAUUCUUCCAGGCUUUUAAGCACAAAACAAUCCCAAAUCUAAUCCAGUAACAAGAAACGUAACUUGCAUGUCUGAAAUGGAGGAACGUCGCCCCCGUUUGAAAGCACAAACGUACGGUUUCAUUUGGCUUUUUUUUUUUUUUUUUUUCCUGCUUCUGUUGUGAAACCACUGCCACUGCUUCUCAGACAUGUUGGACAGACACAAAUACUUUGGGGUUAAAAAUGUAUAUUGCUAAAUAUUAACAUUCAUAUUACUGAGGUGUUCUGACUUUCUAUUUUCUAAUAGUGACUGUAACUUCAUUCCAUCCUAACCUACUUUUUGUAUUCGGUAUGUUUAACAUUCCACUGUAAAUACUGUACAUACGGUUGAGAUUAGAGUCUGGGUUUAUUAGGGAGCCUGUCGUGUAAAAUAAAUCUUAUUUGACUGCAAACAUGGAGACUCGGUGAUGGAUAGAUGAAGUUGAUGCAUAGCUUUUUCCCAAAGUCUCGACUAAAAACCGCUCCUCUAGUACCUUUUUAACAUGCCAAUAGUGACUUCACUGUCAAACAAAGGGGUAAUGCAUACAGUCUGUCAAAAUGGUGUCGCUGAAAGAAUCGCAAAAAGUAAAAAAAAAAAAAAACAACUAAAAAAAAACAAAUCUGUUUGUAUGCAGCCAUGUGAAUGUAUAUUUCUGAGGGUGUUACAAAUAUAAGAAUAAAAAAAAAAAUCUCUUGUUCAAUUGUGAUGACCGAGUAAAGUAACUUGUAUUUGUUUUGAGCAUUAAAUGAGUUCAAUAGUCAAACCCUGUCGCAGUUCACUGAUUGGCUAAAUGUGUUAUCUGACUGACUGUGAUCCAUGUUUGCAGAACAUUUCUGGCUUCAUGUGCAUCAGUUUGAGUCAUUUCAGCCUUUUCCCCAAUAACCGUAAUGUAUCAGUGUCUCAUGCAGGUGCUUCAUUUUUGGAUUACGUUUUCCUAUGUGCCUGUAAAAUGUCACACCCGAAACUUUUGUUCUGUAAAUAAAUUUGGUUGAACAAAAACUGUUUGUUAGAAUAAUAUUUAAGCUUAAAGGGCAUUGCGGUCACAUUUUAGAGUGAAUUUAAAAGAUAAGUUUCCCAGGGGAGUUGACGCAAUCUCUUGUUGGACCCGAACAAAAUGAACUGGUGACAGGAACACUUGAAAAUUUGGUGUCUACAAGGUCAGGAUAGCCCUUUAAUUGAGAACGAAGCACAAAAGGUGUUUUGCUAAAGAUGAUGGCUUCAUCCGUGUUUAAAGGAAAGUUGAGUGGAAGGACAAAUGCGCACAAACUGCAGGGAUAACCGCAGCCUUGGGGGGAUUGUGACGCAAAGCUGGAGUCACUGCUUCAAGAGCCGCCCACACACAAACCUGGCAAGAUACGGGAUGUAAUAUCCUCCAGAGUGAACGUCACAAUUUUCUAGUCAUAAUAUGUUGCCAUCAGCGCAGAGAGAACAGCUGAAAGACCCCGGAUCUGUUAGUAUAACAGCAGAGAUAAAGGAAUGUCUGCAGUAUAUAAGACGAGUCUUUGAUGGAGAUCAGUGUAACUUUUUGGGCUUUAAUUGGGGAGUGAAAACUGCCAGACAGAUGUUGAUACGGAGUUCAGUGCCUAAUGAAGCUGCAGAGAUACGAUGAGAGAGGCCGAGUGCAGAGCUAGACAGAUCCGUCUCAGACUGUGGGACCCGAAUGCAGACAUCUGCACUGAGCACAUUAAGAACAGCCCAGAGUUUGCAGCUGUUGCCAUCCAUUUGCUAAAAGAGCCCUUUGUAGCCCAAGGGGCUUUGAUGGCACAUAGGCUUUUAACAUGCAUGGCUGUCUAGCCUUUUUUUUUUUUUUUUUUAUUUAUCUAUCCAUUUUGUUCCGCUUUACUGAGCUGUGGGAGGAAUUCUACCACUUUCCCCUCUAUCAGAGUACCUCCAGGACACAAUGUGGCAGCUUUUUUUGUUUUCAAAAUGUGCUUCUCUUGGGGUGCAAAAUUCAAAAACGAGAUUGCUAAAGAACCCCAUUACUCCACUUUGUCAAAAUCAGAGGAUAAAACCCGACUGAUAUCACAGUGUAGAAAACAGCAGUAUCUUCAAAAGAACAUGGAAAUCAUCCAACUGCCUCUGUUUAUUUGAAUUGGGCUUUUCUUUUCUCUUUAUGGGCUUAUGUUCUCUUUCUUUGUGGUAGUAAUAGGUUCAGUCAAGUGUUGAAUUUAAAGCUGAAUAAAUGUUCAGCCCCAUAAGUUGAAUAUUUUUUAUUUUUUUUUUGUCAGUUCAUUUUGCGGCCCAGAACUGCCCAUUGACUCCAGAUAAAACACAUUUCAGUGCUAUUUCUGCAGGAAACUUCUUAAUGCUGUCAAUUGCCGAGGCUCAAAUAGGGACAAGUAGUGGAAGGAGGGGG